AUGAAUGAACUAAUAUAUAAUAAACGAGAAAAUUUUAGAGUUGAAAUAAGAAGAUAAUCUUUACAUAAUUUAUUUUGUUAAAAGAGGAUUAUAAAGUAAGAGAAAAAGAAAUUGAAUUGUGAAUUGGAUUAUGAAAAAGAAUAAAAAAAUAAUGAGUAGAAUAGCAUUGAAAAAUGCAAAUAGAAUGAUUAUGGUAUUUAAGUAUUGAUACUUAUAAUUUAGAUGAAACGAUCCAAGAAUAUUUAUUUUAAAUAUUUAAUCAAGACAAUAUUUCAAUUGCUUUUAGCAUAGAUUUAAUUAAUAAAGUUCUAAAUAAUUAAGAUUUAAGAGAAUUCUUUGAAGAUAAUAAGAGAUAUAAAAUUUAACUUUAAAGUUUCUUAGUGAAAGUAUAACACAAAUUUUCAAAAUCAUUAGAAAAAUAAAAAUAUGAUUAAUUAUUGUUAACAAUUAUAGAGUCAGAUCUAUUAAAAUUAUCUGAUUUAAAAUAAGUAAGAAAAUUAAUAUAAAAUAGUCAUUCACAUAUUGUUGUAAAGAAUUCAUUAAAAAUGGUAUUACAAUAGAUACAUCAUUAUUUAUGAGUAAAAUGAUGAAAAAAUUUUAAAAUGCAAGUGAAUAUUUUUGGAAAGAAUUAAAUGAAUAACAUAUUGAAAAUUAAUGUGCGUGGUUGAUUAUUUUAAAAUUUUUAAGAGAAAAUUAAUAAGAAUAUGCUAUAAGUAAAUUAUUAAUUUCAAUGAUUUUACUUUUAAUGUAAAUUGCAAAACCUAAAAUAUAUUAAGGGAUUGUAAAUGAUGAAUUAAUAUUAACAUUGAGAUAAAAUUUGUAUACUAAUGAAACAUAAGCAAUAAAAUCCUUAGAAUGCUUUAAUUAUAUAUUUUAAUAAGGAGAAAAAGAAAAGAGAUUUCUUCCUUUGAUUAGUAAUGCCUUUUUAGAUCUUCUUCUUAAUAAUCCUCAUGCAUCAUAUCUGAUAUCUAUAUCUAUUCUGGAUUGCUUAGAAAUAGUAUAUUCAGACUAGAAUUUUGGUUCAUCUUUACUUAAUAAUUAGGAACUUAUGAAUUGUUUGAUUUCUAUGUUAAAUGAUGAAAUUAUGUAAGUAAAUGAAGUUGUUCUAAAAUUCCUUUUAUUUUAUUUAGGAUAGUGUAACGAUGACUUUAUUAUGAAUAUAAUAGGUGAUUGUAAUUUUUAAAAUGUUGUAGAAGAUUUAACAAUAAGUUUAAAUAAGAAUGUUUAAAAAUAUGCAAAAAAAAUGAAAUUGAUUUACUUUGACUGA